UCUAGGGUAGUUUCACCAGGUAGUUAAAAACCCAAGCAGGUCAACAAAAGCAACAGCAAGACAUUGUCGUUGGCAGAGAGGUCGGACGAGGACUUUUCACAUCAUUGCAUGACGUUUGUGGAUAUGCACCGUGUCUGCCCUCCAACAUGCUGACCACCAAAGGCUCCUGCGUGGGAAUGAUGAGCGCUGCAGCGGGUACGGACCGCAGCAGGGUCGGAGAGAGGCUGCAGGCUGCCCUGGCCGGGCUGCAAGAGCUGCAUCUGCUUCGGGACCGGCAGAGUGACAUGGUGAGCUGGGCUCUGAAAGUGGACCGGGAGGAGCCGUUCACUUGCGUGCGCCCUGGCCCGGAGGACACCAGGACGAUGGGGACCGAGGAGCAGCGGUUGGAGGCGACACUUACAGCACUGAAGCAGCAGCUGUCUCGUCUUCGGAAACAGGAUGUCGGACUGAAGACUCAUCUACAGCAGCUGGACCAACAAAUAAGUGAGCUGAAGCUGGAUGUGAGCAAGGCCUCCUCAGAGCAACUGGAGAGCGACAGCAGGCCAAGUUCAGGUUUCUACGAGCUCAGCGAUGGUGGCUCUUGCUCCUUGUCCAACUCCUGCACCUCUGUGUACAGCGAGUGCCUGUCGUCCUCCCAGACGAGUCUUCUCCUCCCAGCCACGAGCCCUGCUAACGCUCAAGUUUCCCAACAAUCACAAGCGGAUGUUUACCGUCGCCGCUCGGCCGAUGAAAGCGCGACUCAGCCUAACACGACCCGCGGCAUCAUCACUCAUCUGGGAAGCAGCAGGAUCAGAGCGAGCUCUGCUGUUGCUGAACACGGACGGCCGAGACCCGUGUCAACAGGUGACCUAGACCGGAUGAUGACUCAAGGGCUAAACUAUAAAUCUGUGGACGCUAGGAAACAACCAGGGUGCCCAAACCUGAAGAUCCCUACAAUGGACCCUAAAUUUCAGAGCAAUUUGGUGUCCCGCAAUGGAAUUGAAUUGUACCACUACCCUAGCCCACUGCAUGCUGUGGCCCUCCAAAGCCCAAUCUUUUUCCAUGUCGGGGAAGCAGCCAUACCUGGACUUGCAGAAGGAACCCCAGUGACGGAGUCUGACACGCUUCAGGGUACUGAGAUGGGCUUUGAUACUAAGACGCUGGGCUAUAUUGACAAGCUCCUCCAGCGCAGCUCCAGCAAAAACCACAUUGAAAAGUUCCCAGAGGCUGUGCAGACACACAGCAACUAUCAGAGUAAACCAAGUGAAGUCGUAACUGUGUUUCCUCAGAAACCGGUAUCUCCUCCUCAACCUCCCCCGACUCAAGCCAUAAACAUCAUACCACAAGAUAACGAACAGAGGAGACACCGCAUGACACAUUCCAAUCCAGGAACAACUGAUAACGCUGGCCACCAACAGUCAGCAAGACCUCAGGAGGUUUCAUAUGGGCCACCGUAUCCUGCUGUCAUGAGGGAGUACAGCUCUGAUGAGGUGACUAUGUCAUCACUGAGGAAGAAGGACAAAACACAUGUUGUGUCAAGAGGCCACUUAGAAACAAGGCUGGAAGAGAAGAAGGGUCAUAGGCAAAGACCAGUCAUGUCACACAGCUCAAGUGCAGAGGACAGUCAAGGCUUUGAGAUACACAAUGGCCACAUAGGCUCCUCCGAGUUUGUCCAUGCCAAAUUUGUCCCAGCUGGGACUCAGAGGGUCAAGGUGAGACAGGCUGAUCGUAAAACCAAAGCCGUAAAACUCAGAAGAAAGAGCAGUGAGAAGCAUCGAGCGCUGAGGCAGCAGCAUGGCUACUCAUCUGGCGAAAGAACACGAGAAUCUAGUGGAUCCAAGGCGGAAGCAAGAAGAUCAGCCAAGGGCAAGAUCCAGAAAUAUGCCAGCUGUCCAACUGAAGAGCACAAACAGGGUUCAGGGUCAGACUCAAGCCAGUGUGGCCCUGGACUAAUGUACACCCACAAGGUCCAGUCCAAGCCACACCCUCUUCCAUCUGCCACCAAAUCCAGCAAAAGCCGCAGAUCACAAUGUGGAGAGUAUGAUCAGCCUCCGGAGCAGAGGAAGAAGAGGCACGGGGAGAAGCUCCAAGCCUUGUGUGCUCAGCGACUGAGGUCCAAAGAUCUCCAUUCACAUGCACCAGGAGGUAUGCAUUUGGUCCGCAGUAUGAGCGCCAGGUCAGGCCAGUGGAUGGGACCUCCUCGCUCCUUCAUGACCUCUAUAUCAGCUAACUCCUUCCAUACUAGUCUCAAUGCAAGGUACCCCCCAGCACCUUAUGGCAUAUCCAGCCACUACCCACCGAGAUGUGAGUCUGAAUACUCAGCUGAGUGCAUGUCACUCUUUCAUUCCACCAUUGCUGCAAGCAGCGAUGGGGAGAUGAGCGAUAACACCACCAAUCGCUUCGGGGAUAGCGAGUCCAGCCAGAGUUUCCAAUCUUUCUCAGACUCGGACAGCAGCCUGUCCCUGGACGAGGGGGACCAGUUGGACAGCCUUGAGGAGGAGGGAGACCUCGUAUGGGCUGAAGCUUCGCUUGGGCCUACUGCAGCCGGACGUACCCUUCAGCAACUCCCACGACCGGAGCCCUCAGCCUGCCGCAUCAAAGCUUCCCGAGCCCUAAAGAAAAAGAUUCGUCGCUUCCAGCCUGCCUCUCUGAAGGUCAUGACCCUGGUGUAGCGGCGUGACCUCAGGCGAAACGUUGACAGAAUUUCAUUGUGGCACCCUUCCUAUUUGGAAGAACAAUAUUGUUGUAACCAAAAGCAUGCAUAUGUAUGACACCAUUAUACUUACACUUAUUUGUAAAUACUUAUCUUAUUCUACGUCAUUUCUCAAUGCAUGUAUGCUAUUCAAGAGAAAUUCGUAAUCAUGUGUACAAAACCCAACUUUUUACAUUAGUUAUUUCAAUUCAUAGUUCAUUCUUUAUUUUUUCUGUCUAA